CUUCCCCGCCGGCGCAGCGCGCACUCGGCUGGGCGGCGCAAGCACCGCGACUUUAGGGAGGGGGGGAGAGCGCGAGGGCCGGCCCACCCCCAGCCAGCCGGGGCGGGACCCCUAGGCCCCAAAGGGACCCCCGACUUCAGCCACGUCUCGCUCUGCGCUCCUCCGCGCGGCCGCUGCCAGGACGUCCCCCGCCCGCGCGGCGGAGACGCGGGGCCACACCUGGGCGCCGCCGCCGGGUGCCCGGCGCGCCCCGCAUGGCCCCGCACUGAGGGCCCGGACGGAGAGUCUCCGGCGGAGAGUCGGCUUCGUACCCGGUCGGGGGGGGGGGUCAGACCUGGGGGGGGCUAGCGCCCCCCAAGCUAGGAUCAGAUCCAACCGGAGUGAGGCGGCGCCAUGGAGCUCCGGGCGCUUCUCUGCUGGGCUUCGCUUGCCGCCGCUUUAGAAGAGACCCUACUGAACACAAAAUUGGAAACUGCUGACCUGAAGUGGGUGACGUACCCUCAGGUGGAGGGGCAGUGGGAGGAGCUGAGUGGCCUGGAUGAGGAGCAGCACAGCGUGAGGACGUACGAGGUGUGUGACCUGCAGCGGGCCCCAGGCACGGCCCACUGGCUACGCACCGGCUGGAUCCCACGGCGCGGUGCAGUCCAUGUGUAUGCCACGCUGCGCUUCACCAUGCUUGAGUGCCUCUCCCUGCCCCGGGCCGGGCGCUCUUGCAAGGAGACCUUUACUGUCUUCUACUACGAAAGCAAUGCUGACACGGCCACGGCCCUCACGCCAGCCUGGAUGGAGAACCCCUACAUCAAGGUGGACACAGUGGCUGCUGAGCACCUGACCCGGAAGCGCCCUGGGGCCGAGGCUACAGGGAAGGUAAACGUCAAGACACUACGCUUAGGCCCACUCACCAAGGCCGGCUUCUACCUGGCCUUCCAGGACCAGGGCGCCUGCAUGGCCCUGCUGUCCCUGCACCUCUUCUACAAGAAGUGUGCCCAGCUGACCGUGAACCUGACCCACUUCCCGGAGACUGUGCCUCCUGAGCUUGUGGUGCCUGUGACAGGGAGCUGCGUAGCCGAUGCUGUACCUGCCCCUGGCCCCAGCCCCAGCCUCUACUGCCGGGAGGAUGGCCAGUGGGCCGAGCAGCCUGUCACUGGCUGCAGCUGUGCUUCAGGGUUCGAGGCAGCCGAGGGGAAUACCAGGUGCCGAGCCUGUGCCCAGGGCACCUUCAAGCCCCUGGCAGGGGAAGGGUCCUGCCAGCCAUGCCCAGCCAACAGCCACUCUAACAACAUCGGCUCAUCCUUCUGCCAGUGCCGCAUCGGGUACUUCCGGGCUCGUACAGACCCCCGGGGUGCACCCUGUACCAAGCCUCCCUCCGCACCUCGCAGCGUGGUUUCCCGCCUGAACGGCUCCUCACUUCGCCUGGAGUGGAGCGCCCCCCUUGAGUCCGGCGGCCGAGAGGACCUCACCUACGCACUCCGCUGCAGGGAGUGCCGCCCUGGGGGUUCCUGUACACCCUGUGGAGGAGACCUGACCUUCGACCCCGGCCCCCGGGACCUGGUGGAGCCCUGGGUGGCAGUUCGGGGGCUGCGUCCUGACUUCACCUAUACCUUUGAGGUCACUGCCUUGAACGGGGUGUCCUCCUUAGCCGCAGGGCCUGUACCAUUUGAGCCUGUCAACGUCACCACCGAUCGUGAGGUGCCUCCUCCAGUGUCUGACAUCCGAGUGACACGGUCAUCACCGAGCAGCUUGAGUCUGGCAUGGGCUGUCCCCCGGGCACCCAGUGGGGCUGUGCUGGACUAUGAGGUCAAGUACCACGAGAAGGGUGCAGAGGGCCCCAGCAGUGUGCGGUUCCUGAAGACAUCGGAAAACCGGGCAGAGCUACGGGGCCUGAAGCGGGGUGCCAGCUACCUGGUCCAGGUGCGGGCACGCUCUGAAGCUGGCUAUGGGCCCUUUGGUCAGGAGCACCACAGCCAGACCCAGCUGGAUGAGAAUGAGAGUUGGCGGGAGCAGCUGGCUUUAAUCGCAGGCACAGCAGUCGUGGGUGUGGUGCUGGUCCUGGUGGUCAUCAUCAUCGCUGUUAUCUGCCUCAGGAAACAGAACAAUGGGAGAGAAGCUGAAUACUCAGACAAACACGGACAGUAUCUCAUUGGGCAUGGUACUAAGGUCUAUAUUGACCCCUUCACUUACGAAGAUCCUAAUGAGGCUGUGAGGGAAUUUGCAAAAGAGAUUGAUGUCUCCUAUGUCAAGAUUGAGGAGGUGAUCGGUGCAGGUGAGUUUGGUGAAGUGUGCCGGGGGCGGCUCAAGGCCCCGGGGAAGAAGGAGAGCUGUGUGGCCAUCAAGACCCUGAAGGGCGGCUACACGGAGCGGCAGCGGCGUGAGUUUCUGAGCGAGGCCUCCAUCAUGGGUCAGUUUGAGCACCCCAACAUCAUCCGGCUGGAGGGCGUGGUCACCAACAGCGUACCUGUCAUGAUCCUCACUGAAUUCAUGGAGAAUGGCGCCCUGGACUCAUUCCUGCGGCUGAACGACGGACAGUUCACUGUCAUCCAGCUGGUGGGCAUGUUGCGGGGCAUUGCCUCAGGCAUGCGGUACUUGGCUGAGAUGAGCUACGUCCACCGAGACCUGGCUGCCCGCAACAUCCUGGUCAACAGCAACCUUGUUUGCAAAGUCUCUGACUUUGGCCUUUCCCGAUUCCUGGAGGAGAACUCUUCUGAUCCCACUUACACGAGCUCUCUGGGAGGAAAAAUUCCCAUCCGAUGGACAGCCCCCGAAGCCAUUGCCUUCCGAAAGUUCACAUCUGCCAGCGAUGCUUGGAGCUAUGGGAUUGUGAUGUGGGAGGUCAUGUCAUUUGGGGAACGGCCAUACUGGGAUAUGAGUAAUCAGGAUGUGAUCAAUGCCAUUGAACAGGACUACCGGCUGCCCCCGCCCCCUGACUGCCCUACCUCCCUGCACCAGCUCAUGCUGGACUGUUGGCAGAAGGACCGGAAUGCCCGGCCCCGCUUCCCCCAGGUGGUCAGCUCCCUUGACAAGAUGAUCCGGAACCCUGCCAGCCUCAAAAUUGUGGCCAGGGAGAACGGCGGGGCCUCACACCCGCUCCUGGAUCAGCGGCAGCCCCACUACUCAGCUUUCGGCUCUGUGGGUGAGUGGCUUCGAGCUAUUAAGAUGGGAAGAUACGAAGAAAGUUUUGCAGCUGCUGGAUUUGGUUCCUUCGAGCUGGUCAGCCAGAUCUCCACCGAGGACUUGCUCCGAAUUGGAGUCACUCUGGCAGGACACCAGAAGAAAAUCCUGGCCAGUGUCCAGCACAUGAAGUCCCAGGCGAAGCCUGGAGCCCCAGGCGGGCCAGGAGGACCAACCCCUCAGUAUUGACCUGGCCUCCUCACGUGGCCCGACAGCCAUGGAGCGGCAGGAGCUCUGAACCCCGGGGACGAAGCCUCCCCUUCUUCCUGGGGUAGAGUCGGGUGGGGACUCAUAGAGUCCCCCAUCCCUGCUCUCCACUGGAUUGCACUUUGAACCCAUGGGGGUGGGAGCUGGCAAUUUGGAGAGACUGGAUUUGGGGAUUCUGCCAUAUGGGAGUGUAGAAAUCACAUGCCCCCAAGGUGGGGAACUCCAGACUACAGAUGAGGGAGCCUUCCCUCAGGAUUGGGUAAGACCAGAGGGAAAGGAAGGGCCCAUAAUCUCCUAGCUUCCACAGGGGUGGUUGGGCAGGGAUCCCCACAGCACCCCUCCGAUCCCCAGUCAGGGCUUCCAGGUGCUCCCCCUCACCUUAAUGGGCCUUGUCCCUGCAGACCAAAGAGAGGAGAGUGACUAGCCUGCACGCCCAGGAGUGGAGUGAUGUCCCAGGAGGAAGGAAGGGGUGUCAUGGCCCAGUGACAAAAUCAUUGGACUUUGAUGUCUUGACCUUGCUGCUGUCACCACUGAACUCAUUUUUCCCCCUUGUAAAUGCCCCUCCCGCAUCUGCUGCCUUCAUAUUGAAGGUUUUGAGUUUUAUUUUUUGUUUUUGGUCUUAUUUUUCCUUUUUUGUUUUGUUUUGUUUUUCUAUCGUCCUUGUCCUAACUUUUUCUGUUGAGGGGACCUGUUUCACUAUUGCCUCCCUUUGCCCAAAUUGAAACAGGGACCCAUCGUUGUGUCUGUUUCCAGAACAGUGCCUUGGUCAGGCCACAACUCUCAGACGUUUCCCUGCCUCCCAACUCCCCUCAAACUGUGUCCUUGGGGACACAGGGGGAUGAGGUAGUGAAGAGGGCAGUGAGGUGGUGAUAGAAAAGUCAGACACCGGUGCUUGGGGGGCUUCAUAAAUUAUAUUUAAAAAUAUGUUUUUGUAUAAAUAAAAGAAAAUGGGAAGUG